GGGGGCCGAAUACUUUCGCAAGGCACUGUAGUUUGUGAGGUUGACAACUUUGGCUAAAUAUUUGCAAUACAACACUUCCUCACAUCUUUGCAAUAGUUCUUAAACAACAGUAUUUGUGAAAUGAAUGUUAGAUAUAUUUCCUUAAACAUCCUUUGUUGUGUGCUUAUUCUUUAACCAUUGAUAUGCUCCUGGUCAUUUUGAAACCUUCAUCGUCGACCAACGGCAUGUCCAACUUAUUGUGAGAAAUUACCCUGGUCACUCAAAACAUUUAUUAAUCAUUUCAAAAGUAUAAAUAGCUCUCAUUUUAGAUCAGGGACUGCAAAAAUAUUUUAUUAGUACUAAUGAUUAGUAAAUGGUUUAAAUAUACAAAAUCCAAUGACUCAUUAAUACAUAAUUUAAAAGUUAUUUAUAAAUGUGAGAAUACUUAGCUUACUAACAUUUAACAAAUAUGGGUGUAAUGAUUCAUAAAUGGUCACAAAACUGUAAAGGCCUGUAAAUGCUUUAUUACUGAAUGUUAUUAUAAAGUGUUUGUCUGAAGUCUGAUUCACACAAUCACACUGUUUACUGUUACAGUACAGUAUUUAGACUUGUAUUAUAGGUGGUCCUUGUGCCCAGAGUCUGGGGGCUACCGCUGAAGCUGUUGAAGGCUAUCUUCAUUAAAUGGCUAAUUGUGAAUUAUUCCAAAAGAUGUCAUUUUUUUCUGAAAUGUUCUUUAAUAAGUGCUUUUGAGAUGAUUGAUUCAACUAAAUUAAAUGGAAAUUACAUUUAGUCUUUUAAAUCAGAGAAAACAACACACCAGAAAAGGAAAACAACAUUACGGGGUGAUUGGGUCAGAAUACAGUGUUGUUCUGAUGUCUGACAAAUAGUAUUUGUUACCAUGAUGUAACUGAGACAAAGUCUACCUCAACUUGAAGAAGUACUAUUCAUAAUUCAGUUCAUAAUGGACAUUUCUAAACGUCUGGAAUGUUCAUAUGUAAUGCCACUAUUCAUUUUGACUGCAUGUGCUCUAGUGCAUACCCCAUAAGGCCCUACAAAGGCAAAAAACAGUUACUACGUAAUUUAUUUUACUGCUAAAUCUGACUUCAAAGUCUUUUUCUGUCUAGACAGACACCAAUUGCUAAAACUCUAUGAUAUAUUCUGAUCAACUGGCUUGUUCCUGUGUCAGGAAACUAAAUACCACAUUAAUCAGAUAAUAUAACUGGCCAGUACAACAGAUUCAAUUUGUAGGGCUGCAUACAUUUAUGCCAUUUCAUCAACUUCCCUACUGUCAACUUUCCUACACACUGGCCAGCUGACAUGUGGUCAUGUCUCCUGAGGUUGUAGAUUAUGGUCCAAACUAGCACUAAUCACUCAAAACUGUUAUUCUGCACAAUUAUCCUAUUUCCCAUGUAAAAUAGCCUUUGAGUGACCAGAACAUCUCCCAUACUAUAUAUAUUCUCAUUUUUUUCCCCCAUAUAUUUUCCCAUUAAAAUUCUCAGUUGAGAAAAUGUACCUUUUGCUCUCAUCUCUAACUACCAGUAAGACUGAAGGACAGGCUAGGUGGGCAGAGAAACCAAUCCUGUUAUACAUUACAUCAUAAACAAAUAAUUUAUCUAACCGUUCUAACCAUUUGUGUGCUCAAGUGUGUGUUUGCAUGCAGAGAGACUCCGGGGAGGGGAGUUUCUGCCAUUAACUCGGGGAUAAAUAGAGAGGCAGAGCUCAGAGUUUGUCAGAAGGCUGACCUGACAGGGUCACACACAGGACCAAGCAGGAGCAGGACCUCAGCAUUUCUACCCUUGAUUACAGAUGGAGAAACAUGAAGAUGUUCAAUACUGUUUUCAGGACAGAAACUCUUCUUGUAGAAAGGCUUUGCUAUCGACAUCUAUCUACAUAACACUGUACAUCUUCUUCUCAUUGAUUUCAGCAGUUACAGUAUUUUUGAACCUACUGGUGAUCAUCUCCAUCUCUCACUUCAAGCAGCUCCACACUACAACCAACCUGCUCAUCCUCUCUCUGGCUGUGUCAGAUCUCCUGGUGGGACUGAUUGUGAUACCAGUAACGACUGUAGCAUUAAUGGAAUCAUGCUGGGGUUUUGGGAAAUAUUUCUGUGUGUUUCAGAUCUACAUUACUUUCUUAUGUAGUUCUUUAUCUCUGGGCAAUUUGGUCUUGAUAUCUAUUGACCGCUAUGUUGCUGUGUGUGAUCCCUUAUUGUACCACUCUAAAAUAACAACAACAAGAAUCAUGUGUUGUAUAUCCAUUACCUGGUGUUGUUGUAUCAUAUACCGUGCUGCUAUUGUAAAAAACUUUGUCAAUGUACAGGUACCCAGUAGGUGUUUGAAAGAAUGUUUUAUUGUUGAAGGAAUAACCUGGGGAAAUAUAAUUGACCUUCUAUUUACAAUGGUUGUCCCGUGCUCUAUUAUUAUAACACUUUAUAUGAAAAUCUUUGUGGUGGCCAGAUCACAGGCCAGAAAGGUAUUUUCAAAAGAGGCUCCCAGUGUGUCUGGUGUUAAAACUGUACAGGCAAAUAAGUCUGAGAGAAAAGCAGCAAAAACUCUGUCUAUUGUUGUUUUCAACUAUUUCAUUUGUUGGAUUCCAUUUUUAUUUUCUUUCUUUUUGUAUUUUUUAAUUGACAGUUUGUUUUCAGUUAUGAUCAUCGGCUUUCUACCACUUUUUAACUCUUUUAUCAAUCCAAUAAUUUAUGCUUUCUUUUAUCCAUGGUUCAAAGUGACAGCUAAACGUAUUUUAACUCUGAAGUUUUAAAUUGUAUUAUUUAUUUAUUUUAUUAUUUAUUUCACUAGUCGGUUAAGAACAAGUUCUUAUUUACAAUGUCGGCCUAACUUAAGGCAUAAAUAGUUUGUAUUCCUACGUUUGACAAACGUGUUUUGAUAUAGUUUUGUAAUACAAUUAUUGUAAUUGCUUCUUUCAUGUAACAAUACACUGACAUUACUUAUCUCAGUAUUGUCAUAAGGUAGAUAGAUGCGUGUGAUACAGCAUUAUUUGUCUGGAUUGGUUUGGAAUGACUUGGAAAAAGUAUAAGAAAGCAUAAGCUUGUUUUAUCAGAUACAUUGUAGUCAUUUUGGGUUGUACAUUCCAAAUACCAAAGGCUGUGGUUGUUCCGUGUUAUUUAAUAAUAAAUAGUAUGUAAGUAUUCUAAUAGUA